AUGGAAACUAUAAAGAAAUGUCGUACUAAAGGAAAAAGAAAUAAAUUCUACAUUUCCGUGAAUAUUUUUGUAGUUACUCUUUUGAUUUGGACAUUACAAUGUUUUAAUAAUAACGAUACUUUGAAUAACCCAAGUGAUAAUGAUAAUGGUUAUUACAAUGGAGAGAAAACAUCACAUAAAAGAACGAAGAACAGGUGUUUAUCUCAGGGGGGAGGUCUUUUUGGACCAGAAAUAAAUGUGUUAAAAAAUACGGUUGUAAAUUACUUGUUAGGUAGUAAUAAUAAUAAGGAUAAUAGAGGAGAUAUGAAACCAGAGGUCGUAGAACCAAGAUAUGAUCAACACCCUCCAAGAAAUUAUCGUGAUCAUCAUUAUUACAAUGGUCCUGAUGAUAUUAGAGGACAUGAUAGUUAUGUUAUAAGAGAUGGAAAUAGUCAUGGCAUGCCCAAUCGUCAAGGUCCAGAAGUAAUGUCAUAUUAUGUUCCAGGUGAUGGGUCUGAAAAAGAUAGAAGAUUGCAACCUGUAUAUUACCCAGUGCAACCAGCAGCACAAAGAAUUCAUUAUAAUAAUAAUACAUCCAUGCUAGGGUAUUUAAAACAUUUUCUAUUAGAGCAACAGUUGUUUUCCUCUCCUGUUUUAAAUAAAAUGGCCCCCAUAUUUUUUUUAAUGUUUCUUUAUUAUGUAAUAUCAGCUGUAAUUAGUAAUUUCCGUCAUAUUAUAGCUCUUUAUUUUCUAGCUAAAAUAGUAAAAUUGCAUUACAAUAGCAAUAAUUAA